AUGGUAGGCCUAGACAGAGCCGGAAAGACCAGCAUUUUAUAUGACAUGAGGAUUGGCUUAAAUAACUCCAGUACAAUUUCAACGAUGGGCUCUAAUCUAUGGGUAAUGUAUUCAAAAGAUUGCAAUUGCAUUAUAUAUGUAGUAGAUUCUAUUGAUAGAGAUAGAAUUGAGGAGGCAAGUAGUGAACUCUUUAGAAUACUUGAGCAUAAGGAAUUCAAAAGUGAUGCUUGUCUCCUUGUUUUUGCAAAUAAGUAAGACCUUCCAUUAGCUAUGACGCCUGAUGAGAUUGCAUAUAAAAUGAAUUUGAAUUAAAUAAAAGAUAUGCAGUGGCAUGUGUAAAAGUGCAGUGCUAUAACUGGUGAAGGUCUUGUCCAAGGCUUUGAAUGGAUUUCCGAAACUCUCAAAAAGAGUAAGAAAUCAACAUGA